AUGGAGUCAUAUGGUUAUGGAUUCCCACUUGGGGGCUCUAUUUUCUCGUGGGAUAAUUCAAUGGAACAAAAUGGAGAAAAUGAUUCAAGUCAAGAAAAUAUUUAUCCACCACCGGGAACUUAUAUCGACUCUCGAGGAAAUGAAAUUUAUUUUGGAACGGAACCGGAAUUUCGUAGUUUUUGGGUUUUUUUCCCCGACAUAAUGAACGCGGUUUCAACCGUUUAUAAAAUGAUUAAAAAUCAUAGGAAAACCAUCGAUUUUUUAUCCAAUCAAGAUAAAGAUUCCGGAAAAGAAAAAGAUGCCGGUUUAGAUUCCAUCGGAGGGGGUCAUUUAUUAAAAAGAAUUUCCGCAUUAGAUCCCAUCGGUGGGGGUCACCUUUUGAAAAGAGCACCCAUGAUCGACGGAAUCGGUGGCGGACAUCUUUUAAAAAGAGGAAGAAACGAUUUUAAAGAAUUUUUAAUGCAGGGAAACACAAUGAAAAGACGACCAGUUUUGGAUUCAAUCGGUGGGGGCCACCUUUUGAAAAGAUUUGCGGAUUUUAAACAGUCAUACCCCAUGAAACGGGAAGAUGAUACGAAUAAAAAAUUACAAGAUGAUUUAUGA